GGUGCUACGUGUCCAGGAAGUCAUCCAGUCAACAUGGCGGCGCAACAAGGCGAUGUUGAUGAACUUUUCGAUGUGAAAAAUGCUUAUUAUAUCGGCAGUUAUCAACAAUGUAUCAAUGAAGCCCAAAAGGUUAAGCCAUCAACACCCGAGAAGGAGGUUGAAAGAGAUACGUUUCUCUACAGGGCCUAUAUUGCCCAGAGGAAGUAUGCAGUGGUGAUGGAUGACAUAAAGGCCAGCUCGUCCCCAGAGCUCCAGGCCGUCAAGAUGUUCGCUGAGUACCGUUCCAAUGAGGGCAAAAGGGAUGCCAUUGUGGCUGAACUUGAUAAGAAGAUGGCCAAGAGUGUUGAUGUGGCCAACACAACCUUUCUGCUGAUGGCUGCAUCCAUUUACUACCAUGAGAUGAACACAGAUGCUGCUCUGAGGACUCUACAUCAGGGAGAAAGUCUGGAGUGCAUGGCAAUGACCAUUCAGGUUCUGCUGAGUUUAGACCGUGUGGAUUUGGCAAGGAAAGAGCUGAAAAAGAUGCAGGAGCGGGACGAAGAUGCCACCCUGACCCAACUGUCCAUGGCUUGGGUCAAUAUUGCUGUUGGAGGAGAGAAGUUGCAGGAUGCUUACUAUAUCUUUCAGGAGAUGUCGGAUAAGUUCUCCCCUACUCUCCUCCUGCUGAAUGGACAGGCUGCCUGCCAUAUGGCCCAGAACAAGUGGGAGGAAGCAGAAGGAGUUCUCCAGGAGGCUCUGGACAAGGACAGCAGCCACCCUGAGACUCUGAUCAACCUGAUCGUGCUGACUCAGCACCUGGGCAAAGCUCCCGAGGUUACCAACCGGUAUCUCUCUCAGCUAAAAGAUGCCCAUAGAGCACACCCCUUCCUUAGAGAUUACCUGGCCAAGGAGAAUGAAUUUGACCGACUGGCAAUGCAGUAUGCUCCAACUGCAACUGUGUGACACCAUGUAGGAAUCUGUUUGGAACUUAAAAACAGUACGGACACGACUGAUUGCCCCAUAUUUAUUUGUGUCUGUGAUUAUGGAAAAAUCUGAAAUGUAUGCAUUGAUAUGGACAUGCACAUCUUAAGAAUGGUUAACAAUAAAUAUUUUGCAGAGCUUUUUCCAAAAUAUUUGUUUGACGCUGAUUUUUUUCUAUAGUUGUAGUACAUUGAAAAGUAUAUUUGAUGUUUGUAACUUUUUUUUUUCCUCAAAAUGCUACUUGUAACUUCUUUUAAGCAUUCCUCUGAAUUGACAAUAAAUAUUUUUUGACACUGUUCAAAC